AUGUUCGUUCCCUUUUUGGACAAUCCGAAGAGCAACCGACCGGAACCGAGGACAGCGCUAAUGGCUCGGGAACUAGUGCUCAAUAAGGUGGACAUCGCCGCACUCAGCGAGAUCCCAUUCUCCGAACAAGGCCAACUGGAGGAGGUGGGUACCGGCUACACCUUCUUCUGGAGUGGUCGGCCCAGGGCAGAGCGACGAGACGCGGGUGUCGCCUUCGCCAUCCGGAAAGACAUCGUGGGACGACUGCCCUGUUUGCCGCAGGUCAUCAACGAUCGCCUGAUGAGCCUCCGUCGGCCUCUUCGGGGUGGGGGCAAAUUCGCUACCAUCAUCAGCGCCUACGCUCCGCCUAUGAGCAGCCCCCACGCCGCCGCAAGAGACAAAUUCUAUGAGGACCUGCACUCCCCCUUGGCGACUGUGUCGAAGGCGGAUAAGUUGAUUGUCCUCGGUGACUUCAACGCCCGCGUCGGCACAGACCAUACUGCCUGGAAACCAUCAGAGCCGUGCAGCAGCUCUCCAGCGGGAAAGCACCCGGAUCGGACGUAA